UCUGGCUUGGAAUGUUUUGAUUCUACGUUUUGAUUGAAUCAUUGAAUUUUUCUCAUUUUGUAACGAAUAAUUUAUCAACAUUACAUUAGAAAAGUAACUUUGUGUUAUUAUAAUAAUGGCUCUAUAUGAGGGCAUAGCCCUCAUCCAAGAGAAACAAGCAGUUGUUCUGGAUUUGGGUUAUGAUUACACCAAAUUUGGCUUUACGGGAGAGGCGGCUCCACGAUGUAUUAUUCGCACAGAAUUUUGGUGCCCAACAGAACGUCGAUUCAAAAGAGUGCACGAUUACAAAACUCCUGAGGAAUUAUAUGACAAUCUUGUUCAAAUGUUACAUCUGCUAUAUUUCAGACACGUGUUGGUGAAUCCAAAAGAGCGUAAAGUGGUGGUGGUGGAGUCACUGCUCACCCCCACUCUCUUCAGGGAAACUCUGGCCAAAGUGCUGUUCAAUCACUAUGAGGUGUCGGGAGUAGUAUGGGCGGACAGUCCACGGCUAUGUGCAUUAACUCUGGGUACACCGAUCACACUCGUGGUCUCCAUUGGGGCCAGGGAAGCCGAAGUGGCAGCAGUUGUACACGCGUCGGUGGUAUUGCGCGCUCUGCAGUCCCAGCCUCUCGGCGCCCGCGCAAUUCACGACGAAUUGGCGAGACUGUUGGACGAGGAUAACGGAGAGCAACUGAAUUUGUCUGAUGACAUCCUUGAAGAUAUCAAAGUGAAGACCUGCUUCGUGUCGUCCCUAGCGCGGUCCCGGCAGUGGGCGGCGCGGCCGCCGGCGCCCGCGCCGCGCGCGCUGUACGCCGUGCCGCACCGGGCGCCGCUUAUCGUCAGCGGCGCCACGCGGGAGCGCGCCGCGGAAGUCUUGUUUGUACGGGACAACGAGCUCGCUUCACUGCCCGAUAUAGUUCUGCAGUGUAUUAUGCAGUGUCCAAUCGACGCACGACGAGCCUUAGCUUCAAACAUUCUGGUGACUGGAGGCUCGGCUUGUCUACCAGGAUUGAAGGCGAGACUUGCUCAAGAACUGAGGGACCUUAUCACACAGCCUCCUUACAACGAACGUCUCUACGUCCAAACGUUCAAGUUCCACACGGCGCCGGCGCACGACAACAUCGUAGCUUGGGUCGGCGGCGCGCUAGGCGGCGCUGCGGACGCCGGCGCCGCCAGAGCGCUGCCUCGAGACGUGUGGACGCGGUCACAGCGCCUGCGAGACUGGGUGUGCCUGCUGGACAACACGCCGCCCGACCACCCGCAUAGAGACAACCUGGAUAUUUGAAUUCGGAAUGUGGAAUGUGACUUUUGAAUGGAAGACCAUUUGUUUAAAGCUGCGUACACAGCGACCAACUAAUUAGAUUCGCUAGCCUUCUUUGAUCUUAAGUGGAUGAACACUAAGAUCAACAAACUUUUACACGUUAGUUUGCUAUGGCGUGCGUGCGUUCGUUGAUUUUCGUCGGCUCAGUGUGUACGCAACUUAAAAUGAGUAGACAAACACAACAUACAUUUUUUUUAAUUAACGCACAGCGUAAUCUUUGCUAUAACAAAAUAUAUAACAUAGUAAAACGGUCACAUCAAAAAAAGUCAUCAGAUAAUAAUGACACCCUUUUUGGCGCGGCUUCUUUCAGGAACUACGGAAGGGUGCAAAUGUGGCUUCCACUGACAUUCCAGGCGUUACUUUGUGGGAGUGUACCUACCACCAAAAAUGGAAUAAAAAAAAGUAACAAUGUACAUAACAAUGUAUUCACAUUUUUUAUUAAAACUUAUUUACUUGCAC